AUGUUAUCACGUAUUGGGCUUUUGCGCUCUUCUAAGAGAUGUAUCGCACAAUUGUCACAUAUCCAACCUCCAAAGCACAUUGGCAAUGAACCGGUGAAAGCAUUUGGAAGCAAAGAUCUUGUUGAUUGGGACUUGUUGAGAGCUUCGCUUUCUAAAUUUAAGAACUCGUCGUUGGAUGUUCCUUUGGUUAUCAACGGUGAGAGGAUAUACUAUAACGAGGAUGGUGGGAAGAGGGGCAUUUCUCAGCAGCUAAACCCAGCCAAUCAUUCCGAGGUAUUGGCAAACGUGACACAAGCAACCAAUGCAGAUGUGCAAGCUGCCAUUAAAGCUUCCAAAGAAGCAAAGGAUAAGUGGUACAAAUUACCAUUCUACGAGCGUGCGUCAGUGUUUCUAAAGGCUGCAGAUCUUAUUUGUACCAAAUACCGUUACGAUAUGUUGGCUGCUACUAUGCUAGGCCAAGGUAAGAACGUUUACCAAGCAGAAAUUGAUUGUAUAACAGAAUUGGCGGACUUCUUCAGAUUCAAUGUUAAAUAUGCCAAUGAAUUGUAUGCGCAACAACCACUUGAAUCAUCGCCAGGUGUUUGGAACCGUGCCGAAUAUAGACCAUUAGAAGGUUUUGUUUAUGCUGUGACACCAUUUAACUUCACCGCAAUUGCAGGAAACUUAGUUGGUGCCCCAGCCCUAAUGGGUAAUACUGUUGUUUGGAAACCAUCCCAAAAUGCUUCUCUAUCUAACUACCUAUUGUUAACAGUAUUGGAAGAAGCUGGUUUGCCAAAAGGUGUUGUUAACUUUGUACCAGGUAAUCCAGUUGAGGUUACCAAGGAAGUUUUGGGUGAUCCUUCUUUUGCUGCCUUGCAUUUCACAGGUUCUACUGCAGUGUUCAAGAAACUUUACGGUGAUAUCCAAAACGGUGUCGUUAGCGGCUUGUACAAGGAUUACCCCCGCAUCGUUGGCGAAACUGGUGGUAAAAACUUUCAUCUAAUCCACCCAAGUGCUAACAUACCACAUUCCGUAUUGUCGACCUUGAGAGGUGCUUUCGAAUUCCAAGGACAAAAAUGUUCAGCUACUUCCAGACUUUACUUGCCAGAAAGCAAGAGUAAUGAGUUUUUAACGGAUCUCAUUGGUACUUUGAGUGAGAUCCAACCGGUCAAUACAUCUGCAUCCAAGAUCAAUGGCGGAAACCUUCAUGGGUUUGUUGGGCCGGUGAUCCAUGAACAAAGUUUCGAUAAACUGGCAAAGGUUAUUGAUGAUGCCAAGAAUGAUCCUGAAGUAGAGAUCAUUUACGGUGGUACUUACGACAAGUCUAAAGGUUAUUACAUUCAACCAACGGUAUUCAAAACCACAAACCCAAGACACCCAUAUUUAAGUCAAGAAUUCUUUGGACCAUUGUUGACAGUAUAUGAAUAUCCAGAUGCCAAAUUUGAAGAAGUUUGUGAAUUAAUUGAUACCACAAGUCAGUACGGGUUGACAGGUUCUAUCUUCGCUCGUGACCGUGAAGCUAUAGCAAUUGCAGAUGAAAAGCUAAAGUACAGUGCUGGUAACUUCUACAUCAACGAUAAAUCUACAGGCGCUGUUGUUGCACAACAAUGGUUCGGUGGUGCAAGAAUGAGCGGUACUAACGAUAAGGCCGGUUCUGGAAACAUUUUGAGCAGAUUCGUCAGUGUCAGAAACAUUAAAGAAAACUACUAUGAAUUGACGGACUAUAAGUACCCUUCGAAUUACGAGUAA